AUGUUUAGCUCUUUAAAGGUAAGAGCUAAAAUAACGGAGAAAGAUCCCGUGUUCAAAGUUCGUUAUAUUGGAUGUACAGAAACAUUCGUGGCUACAGGAAAGGGCUGUACCAAUAUCCCCGUCCAAAAAUUAUGGGAUAACGCCGGAGAGGAAAAAACUCUUAAACGUACCACAGUUCAGAUUAAUACCAACGGUAUACUCAUGGCGGAUAUGGAGAAAAAGGGGAAAAGUGCACAGGACAAAUUAUUUAACAUAGAGAAUAUUUCAUUCUGCAACGCUGACUGCAUUCUGAACGAGAGAAUUUUUACUUGGAUUUGUAAAGAUGAAUCAUCGCCCAGCCUCAUCUGUCAUGCAGUCUUGUGUAGCAGUAAAGAAAAAGCGAAAGCAAUGGCGUUGGUUUUGUCACGUGCAUUUCAGAUUGCUUAUAAGGAGUGGCAGAUGAGUAAAACUAAAGUAACGAGAGAAAGCAGGAAACAACAGACCAAGGACAUCGAAAAAGCUGCAGAAUCUUCCAUUCCAAAAAGGCAGUAUAAAAACCACAAUGCUGCAGAUUUGAAUCAUACAACAGUCAUACGUACCAAAAGUGCUGCAAGUUCAAACGGUUCAACCGGAAGUUCAGACACAAGGAGGGACUCCGAAUGCCAAACUGAACAGGCAUCCGUAAGUGAGUAUCUUAACACUAACAAUGAAUCCUUAUAUGAGGUUCCGAAAGAUCUCAUAGACAGAUCAGAUUCAAUAGAAUCGAAUGGACCUUUUUCCGGAAGUGCGGCCAUUUUGGAUCCAGAUGUUGAAAACGAACUUUCGAAAGAUAUUUCUGUUCAAGCAAUUAUUGAUGGGGAUGAAACAGACUCAGUUUCUAGUGGCAGUAAAUAA